AUGUCUCAUAUGAUCCUGUCACCCUUUCAACUAUUGGAACUCAAUGUUAUUUCUGCACAAGAUCUCGUCAAGGUCUCGCGAAAGAUGAAAACCUAUGCAGUUGCAUGGGUUCACCCUGACCGGAGACUUUCGACAAGAGUCACCUCUGAAGGAUGCAACAAUCCCACCUGGAAUGACAAGUUUGUUUUCCGUGUUGAUGACAGGUUCCUCCAUGGUGACACCUCCGCUGUCAUGAUUGAAAUCUACGCCCUUCAUUGGUUCCGUGACAUUCAUAUUGGCACCGUCCGUGUUAUUGUUGGGAACCUGAUUCCCCCGCCUCGUCCACACCAUCACAACCAGUUUCAGCUUGGCAUGCGCUUUGUUGCCCUCCAGGUCCGCCGGCCAUCAGGACGCCCCCAGGGGAUUCUCAACAUUGGCGUGGCGCUUCUUGAUAGCUCAAUGCGAAGCAUGCCAUUGUAUUCCCAGAUAAGCGUAUCCGCCGUUGGGUAUCGUCAGCUUAUGGGUGAAGAGGAGUUGAAUCAUCAUAAAGAUGAUUCUGACGAUAAAAGUAGUGGUAUUCAUUCCAAUUCCUUCUUGCUUCCUUGGCUGCCGAAACCUGAAUUAAGACGUACGAAGAGUGAUUCCAGUUCCAUGUUUGGGUCAAUAGUGAUGGCAAAAAGAAAAAUGAUAAUGAAAGGGAAGGGUAGUUCCAUGAUUAGUGGCUCGGAAGUAGAGGAGAGGAACAUGCUCAAUAAAGGUAGAUCAAAAGCUAGUUCCUUGACAAGCGGCUCGGAGUUUGUCAAGGAGGACGAAAAUGGGGCAUUUGGAAAAGCCUCUUUGACCUCUGAAUCACUGACAAAAACAGAUACCAAAUCAACCGAAUUGGAUCAUAUUCUGAAACCCUCACCAAAAUUUACGGGGUUGGAUCUUGGUUCUCCAUGCAGCAACAACUUCAGGUAUGCAACUCCGAAAAAGGCAAAUUUUGUGAGUAAGCCAGUUAUUACCGAAUCACAAUUGGGGCCAUCAGCAUCUGAGGUGGCGGCAGUAAUUGCAAGAAACAAACAUCGUCGCUUGGAAGAGACAGAGAGCGAGAUAAUUGGCGAAAUGAGCUUGGAUGGAAGCAUGGAGGCUCUUCAAUCUAAACUGGAAAGAUGGAGGACAGAGCUUCCUCCUGCUUUUGAUGCCAGUAAUAUCUCAAGUUUUCCUACUAGUGGCACUUGUAAAGGAGGCCUUGUUAAACGACACAACCACAGGCACACGGAUGAUGAUGGCACGUUUUCUUGCUUCGGUAGAUUUUGCGGUUUAGAGUGUUCAAUUGUAUGUGGCGACCCUCCCAGGAAGAAAAAGACCAGGCAGGGGAUUCGGAGCCAUUCCAUGGAUCAUUUGAGGUACACUGUUUAAAUUUACC